UAAGCAACAUCAGAGGAGGAAGUAUGAUGCGGUGGAGCUUGUUGUGAAGGUUGAAACAGUCCAAGUAAGCUAACAGCGUUAAGAUAAUGAGGCCAUAGGAUUUUACCAGCCUCACCUGCCACAGGUUCAGUUAUGGCCGGUUUCUCCAGCUAUGCAGUGCGCAUGGCAAGGCUGAGCUCCAGAAUCUUUGGAGAGGUUGUCCGCCCCACAGACUCUAAAUCAAUGAAGGUGGUCCAGCUUUUCCAGGAGCCUCCAAUGGCCAAGAGGAAGGAGGUGUAUGAAUGGUAUCCUCAUCACAAGGUUUACUACGCCAUGACCCAGAAGCUCCGGUUCAUGGGACUGUUCAGAGAUGAGCAUGAGGACUUCAAAGAGGAGAUGCGCCGCCUCAGGAAACUUCGAGGAAAAGGAACCCCUAAGAAAGGAGAAGGAAAGAGGGCGAGCAAAAAAAAAUAAAGUGCAUCUUUUUUACUCCUGCAGGAAGCAGGCUUUUGUUCUUCAUGUAAUGUUGAUCAACACUGAUCAUUUUUUCAAAAUAAACAUUUUAAAGUGCUCACUCA